CUUCAGUAUCAUUUGAGCGCGUGAAGUGCACGCAAGAAGCCAUGUCGAAAAUAGAAUUCACUGUCAAUGGAAAAAAAUGUACAGUAAACGAAUGUACGCCCCGGGAGAUGUCGUUGAACGCGUACCUCCGGUACGUGUUGGCACUGCCUGGUACAAAGGCGAUGUGCCACGAGGGCGGCUGCGGCUCCUGCAUAGUGAUGGUGCGCGCCAGGAGAUUUCCUAGCGGCAUCGUCGAGACCUUCUCUGUUAAUUCUUGCUUGGUGCUGGUGCUAUCCUGCAAUGGUUGGGAGAUCACCACUGUGGAAGGUGUCGGCAAUCGGUUGGACGGGUACAGUGAUGUCCAGAAACGGUUGGUGGCUUUCAACGGUUCCCAGUGUGGGUAUUGCACUCCUGGAUGGAUCAUGCAUUUGACUAGCUUAGUCGAUAAAAACCUGAACAUGUCCGAAUUAGAGGAGUCGUUUGGCAGUAACACGUGCAGAUGUACUGGUUUCCGACCAAUCUUGGAUACUAUCAAAUCAUUUGCUAUUGACGCUUCUCCAGAAAUAUGUCAGAAAGUGAGAGGUAUCGAGGAGCUAAAUGGGUGUUCCAAGAACCCUAGAAAUUGCCAAAGAAAAUGUUCAUCGAACAGUGACUGCAGUGAUUGGAGUGUUGUAGCUGAUGUCAAGAAAGGAGGCCCAAUGCGUUUCGACUAUGGGAAACACAAAUUCUUUAAGGUCUACGAGAUUGAAGACAUUUUUGAUAUCUUCAGGAAAUACGGCGUCGAUUCCUAUAUGCUUGUUGAUGGGAACACUGCUAAGGGUAUCCUGGAAACAUUUGAGUACCCAAAUAUUUUAAUAGAUAUCAGUGAAGUGAUGGCUUUGAAGACCUAUGAUUAUGAUCAAAAUCUAGUCCUCGGAGCAAACGUAUCCUUGGAAGAUUGCAUUAAAAUAUUCAAGGAAGCUUCUGCUAAGAAGAGUGAGUUUGCAUAUUUAGCUGAACUGGUGAAACACCUUAAGCUUGUCGCUCAUAUACCAGUAAGGAAGAUUGGUUCCAUAGCAGGCAACUUGAUGUACAAGCAUAAACUGCCGAGGUACAAAUCUGACCUCUUUCUGCUCUUUGAGUGCAUUGGAGCAACAGUUACUAUCCGUUACUCCAAUGGCAAUACGAAAUCGUUGAAGAUGACCAAGUUCUUGAAGACAGACAUGGAAGGAGUUUUGUUGGUUAACGUGGAAAUACCACCGCUAAGUAGCUCACACGUUUUUAGGAGUUAUAAGAUUAUGCCAAGAAACCAGAAUGCGCUAGCUCACGUAAACGCAGCAUUUCUUUUAAAAUUAGGACGAAAGAAGAUAAUAGAGUCAGCAAGCAUAGUGAUUGGUAAUAUUGAUCCGAAAUUUAUUCACGCUACAAAAACUGAAGAGUUUCUGAUCGGAAAGAACAUAUUCAAUGAUGCGACCUUGCAAGCAGCUAUACAGGUUCUGAGCAAAGAGUUGAAACCUAUAGAAAUACCAGGAGAACCAUCACCACAGAGCAGGAAGAAAUUAGCUUUGGGUCUGUUUUAUAAGUUCAUCCUCAACAUCAGUCCAGCUGGCACAGCGCUUUCCAAAUACAUUUCUGGUGGAGAACUUCUACAAAGACCUGUGUCAUCCGGUAAAGAAGAUUAUCAGACCGACUCCUCAUUAUAUCCUCUGAACAAACCAGUAGAUAAGCUUGAAGCCAAUAUACAGGUGGGAGGUGAAGCAAGAUUCGCGAAUGAUAUACCUCCGUUACCUAGGGAGGUGUUUGGUGCCUUUGUUCUUUCCACCACUCAUAGCGGAGAAGUAGAUACCAUUGAUGUCGACGAUGUUAUGUCAAAAGAAGGAGUCGUCGCCUUUUAUACCGCCAAGGAUAUUCCCGGCGUCAACUCCUUUGGUUUCCCUGGAAUUCAAUUGCAAACAGAUGAAGAAGAAAUUCUUGCAACUAAAAUCAAAUUCUAUGGUCAGCCAAUAGCCAUAGUAGUAGCAAUCAGUGAAAAAAUAGCUGAAAAAGUAGCAAAACAAGUAAAAGUGACAUACAAAGAUGUUGGCACAAAACCUCCUGUAUUGACAAUUGAUGAAGCAAAAAAAGAUAGCAAGAGAUACGUGGCUGGGACUCCGUCUAUAGAACCUAGUGGCAAAGGGGAUAAUGUACAGAAAGUGAUUAAAGGAAUUUUGGAUUUAGAAGCUCAGUACCAUUAUUAUAUUGAACCCAUCACAUGUGUUGUGGUCCCUGUUGAUAAAGGACUCGAGGUAUACGAUUCAUCGCAAUGGAUGGACUUAUCGCAAAUUGCGAUUGCAAGGUCUUUGGGAAUACAGGAAAGCGAAGUUGUCGUCAAAGUACGUCGUGUUGGUGGAGGGUUUGGAGGCAAGAUCAGCCGUAACGUGCAAGCAUCUGCAGCUUGUGCAUUGGUCGCCAAGAAACUUGACCGGCCCUGCAGGUUUAUACUGCCAAUGCAGACGAAUAUGACAAUAGCAGGAAAGAGAUUGCCAAGUCAAUGUGAAUACGAGGUUGGUGUCGACAAUGAUGGUAAAAUCCAAUAUCUUAAUGCUACAAUCGUACAAGACAAUGGUUGUUCUAACAAUGAAAAUAUUCUGGACUUCGUUGCUGGCGGUUUCCCGAAUUGCUAUAACACUGAAUACUGGUCUUUGAAGACCGCUACGGUCACAACAGAUACGCCUUCUAAUUCAUUCGCUCGAGCUCCAGGAACUUGUGAAGGGAUUACCAGUAUAGAACACAUAAUGCAGCAUAUUGCAUUUGCGGUACAAAAGGACCCGACUAGCGUCCGUAAAGUAAACAUGAGAACAGAGGACAAUGACCUUCCAGAAAUGAUAGAAACUCUAAAGAAAGAUGCUGACUACGAUAGACGAGCUAAAGAAAUCGAACAGUUCAACAAAACAAAUAGAUGGAUGAAAAAAUCUAUUUCGUGCAACGUGAUGUGCUUCCCAGUAAUCUUCUACGGUAACUAUUCAGCUCUUGUCUCCAUCUACCGAGGAGAUGGUACAGUAACAGUCUCCACAGGAGGCAUAGAAAUGGGACAAGGAAUCAACACCAAAUGCGCUCAAGUUUGCGCUUACGAACUUGGAAUACCUCUAGAAUACGUCAAAAUUGUUCCCAAUCAAACAUAUAUUGCUGCAAACAAUGUUUUCUCUGGAUCUAGUAUCACUACUGAAAGUUGCGUCUAUGCUAUUAUAAAAGCUUGUGAGGUUUUGAAAGAAAGAUUGGCUCCAAUAAAAGAGAGUAUGCCUGAUGCUACAUGGAAAGAAAUUAUCCAAAAGGCUGGCGAAGACCAAGUAGACUUGACUUCUUUGUAUAUGAUGAAGGAUUCUGAUGAGAAUCUGAAAGGUUACAGUGCGUUCGCUGUGUCUAUUAUUGAGGUGUUACUGGAUGUUACGACUGGAAGGUUCCAAAUUGUGCGAGCUGAUGUUUUAGAAGAUGUUGGUGUAAGUGCCAACCCUAAACUGGAUGUGGGUCAGGUGCAAGGUGCAUACAUUCAAGGUAUUGGUUACUUCACUUGUGAGAAGUUGAUUUAUGAUAAAGAUACUGGCAAAUUGGAAACCAAUCGCUCCCUAACUUAUCACGUACCUCUCGCCCUGGAUAUACCAGUAGAGUACAACGUCAAGUUGAGGUACAACCAUAAGAAUCCGAAUGGGGUUCUUGGAUCAAAGACGUGUGGAGAGAUGGGAAUCUGUUCAGCUCACGGAGUGAUGCAUGCGCUGCGCCAGUGUAUCAUGGAGUCCCGCAAGGAUUCAGGCUAUGAUCCGAACGAAUGGAUUUAUAUACCUGUGCCGUACGAGACUGAAGUAAUUUUGAAAGCGUUGGACGUAAAACCCGAAGAAUUCCUUCUCAAUGCUUAAGCUGAUAACGUUAAAACUUUAAACCCUUAUCACAAAACAAGAUCAUUAGUCUAGGUUUAAACCAUUGAGUCUGGUUUUGUAUUUUGAAUCUUAUUCUCACCUACCUUCAAUUUGAAAUACAAAAACUGGCUCAAUGGUUUAGACCUAGACUACAGAAAAGCCUUGUUUUCUAAUAAGGCCGUAAAUGUUUGCCAAAUGAUGUGCUUCCUCAUAGUCGAUUGUAACUUGCCAUACUAUAUUAACACCCAGUUUCCGAAAGGCCGCUCAAUGUUAAAAUCGAUUUAAUCUCUUGUCAAGUCAUCUGAUUGGUUGACUGAAUUAGCAACAACCAAUCAGAUGACUUGACAAGACAUUUGACACCUAGUUAGUCGACUUUAACAUUGAUCGGGCUUUUGGGAACCGGGCAUGAGAGAAAAAAAAGCUUGUUUUGUAUCAUAGUCGAUUGUAAUUUGCCAUACUAUAUACAUUAAGUGUGUUAAGAUAUCUAAUUUUAUAUUAUCUGA